CCAUCUCCCACCAUCAUGUCUACCGACCAGCAUCCGGCAGAAACCGAAAGGACCCUGGAAACAUCUACCCAUACAGCUCCUGUUGGCUGUGUCGAGUGUCGCACACGACGACUACACUGCGAGACAGACGUUGCAAAUCCUCGCCAGCCUUGCGGAAGCUGCGUGCGAAAUGCGUACAUCUGCUCCAACUUGACGAGUACCGCCACCGCUCCACGUCCACCACGCUCUGCGAAUCGUAAUCGCGUACANAAAGCCAAAGACCGUGCUCCCAAACGAGUUGCCUGUGACUGGUGUCGUCGACAAAAGGUCCGCUGCUCUGGGGAGACGCCAUGUAGUGCAUGCGCCAUACGUGAUCAAUCAUGUGUCUAUCCUGCCGUCAACAGGAGUCAAGUUGGUGAUGACAGUCCCGCGACUCAGAAUUGGGAAGCUGGCUUACCGCGUUAUGAUGUGCCUGGUCAAUAUCAGCUGAAUGGUUCGCCAUCAUCGAACUUGCAGCCUGGUCAAAUCUACCAAGCUCCAGCUUCUAUGGCUCGUCAGCAGGUUCCCCGACUGNNUCUGGGUCUAGACAAAGAGGUCAUUGCCGAGUACAUAGAAGCCUUCUUUCGCUUUGUGUAUCCUGUUGGUUGCAUGAACUUUCUACAUCAACCGACAUUCUUGCGCCAAUGGCACACUCAUACCGUGAACGUGUCUCUGCUGAAGGUCGUUUGUGGGUGCGCCCUUAGAGUUUUCUCAACUACUCAGGAAGACAAUGAACGAGCAGCACAGUGGAUGCAUGAAGCCGAGGUGGACGCUCUACAAAAUCUCGGUGAUUUGACUGUACCUCGAUUGCAAGCUCUAACCCUGCUUGCCUUCUUCGAGUUUACCUACCAGGUACACUCCACAAAAGCUCUCAUGUUACUUGGGUUGGCGGCUCGUCUUGCCUUCACAAAGCGGCUCAACUACGAAGACGCUACCUUGUCAAUAGUCGAGCAAGAGUCUAGAAGACGUCUCAUGUGGUCUAUCUUUGUCCUCGACAAGUUCUGUUCUGGUGGAGUCGACGAGUUGACUUUGAUCCCUGCCGAACACAUGGAGGUUCGGCUGCCCACGAUCGAGAGAGCCUUUGGCUUUGGACAGCGUACCGACACAGAGGUCCUUCGACCUAGGGUUGAAGAUGGCGUAGCAAUUAGCAAUGCCAAGGGUAUGGAUGAGUUUGCUUACACCGUCCGUCUGCUGGAUCUACUGCGCAACAAGAUUCACAAGUUUACCGGGCGCGUCCGUUGCACGGACGACAGUCUUUACACAUCGGCACAAGACUUCCUUGCUCUAGACUCUGCAAUCGACACAAUCGAGCAGCAGAUCCCGCUGGACCUCCAGUGGGACAAGGCGCAGUUGCAGAAACGAAUGUACGCACCCGGGCUCUCAAGCUACAUCAUGCUUCACACUUGGCGGUUGCAAUGUAAGCUGGACUUGCAUCGCUUGACCGUGUCAGGAACAAAAGAAUGUAUCUCGGAAGCAGCGCUGCGAAACACACCUCUGAACUUCGCACAGAAUCUGCGGCUGAAAUGUCUGUCGCAUGCCAUCGAGCUGACGAAGAUGUGGGCAGAAGUGCUAGACCUCGGCCUUGCAAAACCAGUACAUGAUGCCGCCAUUUCCGGCUGCGCACAUCAGUGUGCGAAGAUUCUGACUCUCAUACCCGAACAAGUGGGAUACUCAGCACCAGGUCAAGAAAAUAGGAUUGGUGCUGUGUUGAUAUGUCAGAUGAUCAUCGAGCCACUGAAGGAUAUCUAUCCUAAAGCUAAGAUCCUGUAUGAUGAUGUGUGUCGCAUGAGAUCGGAACUCAACACUGCUCAAAUACGAGACCCUCCCAACGUAAUGCAUCACAUGGACGAACACGAUGUGGGGAUCACGAUACAGGCGAAUGAUGAGGAGCAAGUCAGGAACCUGCUCAACCAGUACAAUGCAUGA